AUGGCAGCAAAAGCCCUCCUGAAGUCGGGGCUGAGAAAGGCGAUAGGCUCUGGCUAUAAUACUAGAGUCUGGGACGAGUCAUGGCUUCCUACAAGCCCCCCACGUCCGCCUACUGGGGUGUGGGCGAGCAAAACUGUGCCAAAAAUAAAGCACUUCAUGUGGCAAGCCCUGACGAACUGUGUUCCCGUCUGUAGUCGUUUGGCUGACCUGCACUGCCAUCCUGAUCGGACAUGUCCAAGAUGCGGGCAACAUGAAGAGACUAUAAACCAUAUGCUAUUUGAGUGCCAUAUGGCCACCCAGACCUGGUCCCUUGCGGCACUACCCACUGACCCGGGAGAGUUCCCGAGUUCCUCCAUAUACGGAAACUUCGAUUUCGUACUCAAUAGGAUCCACAAACGCCAUAGCACAAAGGAGUGUAAAGCUCGUAUCCCUUGGAUCCUCUGGUUCCUAUGGAAAGCUCGAAAUGAGAAGGUCUUUAGCAACAAGGACAUCUCGCCAUUGGAGGUGUUGCAGUCUGCAGUCUCAGAAACGAUAUAG